UGUGUUACAUUCGUAUCCAGUUUUGUCAGUAACAAAUGAAAUACACCAAGGAGAACCUCCGUCACCAGCAGUUUGAUCCUUCGGAGGUUUUCCUGCCGCCAUUCCCUCCUUCUAGCUGUUUCUUUCUCCAAUUUGACUCGCACCGCCGAAUUUCAGCCCGUCCAAUCAGAAAGCUCAGCUCCUACUGCGUCAAGGGGUCUUUGCUACGCUGAGCCAAUAGAAUUCGAGCAUGACAAGCUACACUCAGUUUGAGCUCUCAGUAGCGCCGCCAUGUUGUGAGGGGCAGAGUUGUCUGUAACUGGUGAUUAAACGGAAGAAACGAGCUUCUCAGGGGUUCAUGGCCAUCUGUAAACCACACCGCGUUUCUUACUGAAGGACGAAAAUUACGGACAGCUGUUUGGACUAAUCAUAAUUGCAUUUGUGCGUCACACCCACUUUUUCUGGCGUUGUGGACUGGACUUUUGGCCGCAUCCUCCGCUGGAAACCUCAAUAUCCUGUUCUGGGUUGUUAUGGUCUUUCUCUCCUCCUCCCAGGAUGGGCAGCGUUUUAGCCGCCCCGCCGCCACCGGCUGCCUCCCCGGCGCCGCUGCUGCCUAGAGGCUUCGGGUUGCUUCUGUUCCCUCCUCCUCCUGCGACCGGAUCCAGACCGCAGCGGGAGGCGAAGAACGUUCUGCCCAACCCCGGAGAGUUUGAGCAGUGUCACCAAAAAUGUAAAGAGGUUUUCCCGACGCAGGUGAACGGAGUCCGACUCGUCCUGAACAAGACGCUGAGCAAACACUUCCAGGUGAAUCAUUCUCUGCAGCUCAGCUCCACAGAAGACUCCGGCUACAAGUUCGGAACGAUGUUCGUCGGAUCCGGUCAGGCCGGUCCUGCUGAGUUCUACCCAGUCCUGGUGGGCGACGUGGACGGCAGCGGCAGCCUGAACGCUCAGGUCAUCCAUCAGGUCACCGACAGGAUCCGGUCCAAAGUGGCCUUCCAGACCCACCAGCAGACGUUCGUGACCUGGAAGGCCGACGCCGAGUUCAGGGGCGAGGAUUUCACGGCGGCGGUCGCCUUCACCAACCCAGACGUCCUCGACGAUUCUGGGGUCGUCGUCACACACUACCUCCAGUCCGUAACGCCGACUCUGGCUAUGGGAGGACAGCUGGUGUACCAGCGUCGGCCCGGAGACGAGGCGACCUUUAUGUCGCUAGUGGGCAGGUACACAGGAAGUAACUUUGUCGGCGCGCUGACCCUCGGCUGGGCCGGAGUUCAAGCGUCUUACUACCACAGAGCCAGCGAUCAGCUGCAGCUCGGCGUGGAGCUGGAGGCCGGAUCCUUCUGGCAGGACAGCAGCGUGACGUUCGGCUACCAGCUGGAUGUUCCCAAAGCCAGCCUGCAGUUCAAAGGUGUGAUCAGCAGCAACUGGGUCGUCGGAGCGACGCUGGAGAAGAAGCUCCUCCCCCUUCCUCUCUCCCUGGUGCUCUGCUCCUUCCUGAACCACCAGAAGAACAAAUUCCACUGCGGCUUUGGUGUGAUGAUCCGCUAGCGCCUCCUCUGGCGCCCCCUGCCCCUCUGCCUGAUUACUGCAUCCAGCUGUUGGUGGUUCAGGGUAAAAUUCAGCAGAGACUUCCUGUUCUGAGUCUUACUCCUGGUUUUUGGUUGUUUUUAAUGGAAGCCUUCUUUUGUUAUUCAGUAAAUAUAAACCCAUGUGGUUCAAAGCUGUAGAAUCAGCCAUUUGGUAAGUUACACUGUAAAAAAUUAGCAGCAAUAUUUUGGGUUAUUUAAUCAUAAGAGGAAAAACUGUGUUCAUUUUCCAGAGUCAGAUUUUCUUCAUCUUAUUUAUACAUUAGAAAUGUUACAGUUCCAAACUAAAUAUGUAGUUGGGAAGCUAAAUAUCUGAUUUGUAAACUGAAUAUUUAGAUUCAAAGUAUUCAGGUUCAAAUUAUUUAUUUUCCAAAUGAAAUUAUCUUGGACCUAAAUAUUUAGUUUGCAAAGUACACUAAAUAGCUUAAACAGCAGCUAUUUAAGUUAGCAGGCUAACUAGCAUUUAGCUUGCUUGCCAAAUAAUUGGUUACCAUGCUAAAUAUUUAGUUAGUGAACUAAAUAUUACUGUGACUUCACCAACGGCUGAGCUGCUUGUUCUCCGUCCUGAUUGGUUCUGUUGCCUUUUUAUUGCUGCUUCUGUUUAAACCUGAACGGAUGAGAUAGAAAGACCAUAAAAUAAAAUGUCUUAUAAAUUA